ACGCAGAACAAAACACCGGCAAACGCGUGCACCAUCAUUUCACAGUUAUAUUAGUUUAAACCAUGCAAUUUUCAUUAAAUUGCACAAGAAGACAUGUCGCGCAGCGACUGUAUCGGUUUACAAGUAAAAUCGCCGUCGAUGUGGACCCAACUGUGAUUUCCGGCCUGGAGCAAGCCACAUUGAAGCCGAGAAAGCAUCCUGGCAUCGUCAAGCCCAACCAUCUUGAGCUGCCCCAGCAAUUGGGCGACACACUGAGGCGCAUUGUUGGCGACCAUCCCGUCAAGAAAGUCCUGCAGGACAGCCAGAUGCUGAACUCCUACAUCAGGUCCCGCCAUCCCCCACCUACCUUGGCAGAAAUCGAAAACAAAAAGAAACUGAUCGUUGAGGAGGUCAAUGCCAAGAUGUCCCUGGAACGCUUGGCCACGCUAAGCGAGGAGGAAGCAGAUCGCUGGAAACGCAAGCGGGAGCUGGAAAUCAAUAAGCGCCUGAGCCAGCGCACCUAUGCCUGGAAGCCCAUCGAGUACGGAGCAUACGAAGCCAUUGUCUAUGCGGUGGCCAGAGGAGCCCAGGAGUAUGCUGUCCUGAAGCGAGUUCUCACAGAGCUCGCCCAGAGAGAUGAACAGUUUAAGCCCCGCAGCUACUUUGACUUUGGCUCUGGGGUCGGCACUGGCAUGUGGGUGGCCAGCGAACUGUGGAAAGAGAACAUAUUUGAGUACUACAAUGUGGACAGAUCCAGGGAAAUGAAUGAGCUCUCCGAGCUGAUCCUACGGGAUGGCCAAGAAAACAAGCAAAUAUCUUUGCGAAAUGUGUUCUACCGCCAGUUUCUGCCUGCCAUUGAAACAAAAUAUGAUUUGGUCAUUAUUUCGCACACUCUCUUCGAGAUGGUUGACAAGGCGCAGCGAGAAGAGGUGCUGCUCAACCUGUGGCGCAAGUGUGAUGGCUACAUGGUCAUUGCGGAGGAAGGAACACGACGUGGCUGUGAGCUGGUCAACGACGCCAGACGUUUCCUAUUGCAUAUCAAGGAUGAGGAGCUGCAAGGCCACACAGUUGCUCCGUGCCCACACGAUUUGCGCUGUCCCCGUCUUAAAGAUCUGGCCGAUCGCACACCCUGCAAUUUCCCUGUAAAAUACGCUCCACUGCGACUGAGCAGCGACAACUACGGCGAUCGCCAAACCUCCCUCUACAGCUAUGCCAUUUUGAAGAAGGGCCCCGUCACAGACACCUCUCGCCCUUGGCCCCGUAUUGUACGUCCCACCUUGGUGCGGUCAAAGCAUGCGAUUUGCCGUCUUUGCACGGAAGAGGGAAAGUUGCAAGAGGUCAUCUUCACGAAGGCCAAGCACGGGAAAUCGGCUUACAGCUGUGCCAAAGUCAGCCGUUGGGGCGAUCGCCUGCCCAUGGCCGUGGGUCCGCUGCAACCAUCUAGUCAGACCACCAAUCCUUCCAAGACAGACCAGCCCCAAGAUGCAGAGUUGGCGUAGUUUAAGUUUAAGUUUAAGCAUUGUUGAUUUACCUUGAUAGGCAUAAUGUUACACAUUGCCAAGCCCGCGGUUAAUUGGUACUAAAAACUGGCGUUCAAUUAGUCGAUUUAAUUACGUGCAAACAAAUCGUUGCGGGCGGAGCAAAAAAUUAAUUAAAUAGUUGCAUUUAAAUGAA